GGCGAGUCCAUGACCGAGCUCAAGUCGCUGUCGGAGGACGCGUACCUGGCGCUGAGCCAUAGCUACGCCGCGACGGCGGCGGGUCUCACCUUCGGGGUGGCGCGGGUGCCCGAGGCAGUCCACGGAUACGGCGUACCGGAACCGGGCGGCGACACCCCGUCUGCGCCCGAACCUUGCGCCCCGAUUACGGCGCCGGAGAGCAGCGGCGAGCAGAGUGGCGACGAGGAUGACACGUUCGAGCAACGACAGCGGCGGCGCGGGUCGGGGACGGCGGAUGGGCGGCGGCGGCCCGGCGAACAGCGCUCGCUCCGGCUAAGCAUCAACGCCCGCGAGCGGCGGCGCAUGCACGACCUCAACGACGCGCUGGACGGGCUGCGGGCCGUCAUUCCGUAUGCUCACAGCCCGUCGGUGCGCAAGCUCUCCAAGAUCGCCACGCUGCUGCUGGCCAAAAAUUACAUCCUCAUGCAAGCGCAAGCCCUGGACGAGAUGCGGCGCCUGGUGGCCUACCUCAACCAGGGCCAGGGCCUGGCCGCGCCACUGACCGCCGCGCCCUUGACGCCUUUCGGCCAGGCGGCUGUGUACCCCUUCUCCGCAGGUGCCGCGCUGGGGCCCUGCUCUGACAAAUGCGCCGCCUUCUCCGAGACGCCCUCGGCGCUUUGCAAACACUGUAACGAAAAACCGUGA